GUCUUGCUGAUCUGUGACGUGUCCGGCGGUUCUGCUCCAGCAUCUAUGUGCUUAUGCCCUGCUCUGCCCGCGGGAGCCGUAGGGAGGACGCGGGGAUACCGGAAGCCGGGAAAUGGACUCAGUGGCCUUUGAAGAUGUGGAUGUCAGCUUCACCCUGGAGGAGUGGGCUCUGCUGGAUUAUUCACAGAAAAAACUCUACAGAGAUGUCAUGGGGGAAAUCUAUAUAAACUUGGUUUCUAUAGGAAAAAAAUGGGAAGACCAGAAAAUUGAAGAUCAGUACAAAAAUAACUGCAGAAAUCAAAGCAAUCAUAUUGUAGAGAAAUUCGAUAAAGUUAAAGAAAGUCGUGACUGUGGACAAACGUUCAGCUGGAUUCCAAAUCUUAAUGUGAACAAGAACAGUUCUGUAGUAAAACCAUGUGGAUGUAUUCUAUGUGAGAAAGUAUACAUGUGUAGUUCACCCCUUAACGGGCACAUCCCAUCUCACUGCGGACGCAAAUCGUAUGAGAAUCAGGAAUAUGGAGAGCAGUUACAUAAACAGAAGCAGUGUAGGAAAGCCUUCAUUUAUCUCCACUCCAGUGGGAUUCAGGAAAAGACUCACACUGGAGACAAACCCAAUGGACCUUAUAAAUGUAAGGUAUGUGGGAAAGGCUUUGAGUGUCCCAGUUCAUGUCAAAGUUAUGAAAAAAUGCACAGUGGAGAGAAACCCUAUGAAUGUAAACAGUGUGGAAAAGCCUUCAGGUUUUCCAGUUCCUUACGAAGACACAAAAGAUCUCACACUGGAGAGAAACCUUAUGAAUGUAAGGAAUGUGGGAAAGCCUUUGGUUUUCUCAGUUCCAUUCGAAGACAUGAAAGAACUCACACUGGAGAGAAACCCUAUGAGUGUAAGGAAUGUGGGAAAGCCUUUAGUGUUUCCAGUUCAGCUCGAAAACAUGAAAGAACUCACACUGGUGAGAAACCCUACGAGUGUAAGGAAUGUGGGAAAGCCUUUGGUUUUCUCAGUUCCAUUCGAAGACAUGAAAGAACUCACACUGGUGAGAAACCCUACAAGUGUAAGGAAUGUGGGAAAGCCUUUAGUAUUUCCAGGUCAGCUCAAAAACAUGAAAGAACUCACUCUGAAGAGAAACCCUAUAAAUGUAAGGAAUGUGGAAAAGCCUUUAUUACUCUCACACAGGUACGAAGACACAUGAUAGUGCAUACUGGAGAUAGACCUUACAAAUGUAAGGUAUGUGGGAAAGCCUUUCUCUGCCCCAGUUCAUUGCGAAUGCAUGAAAGGGCUCACAGUGGAGAAAAUCACUAUGCGUGUAAACAGUGUGAUAGGGUCUUCAGGUGGCCCAGUUCAUGUCGAAUACACGAAAGAUCUCACAUUAUAGAGAAACCCUAUGAGUGUAAGAAAUGUGGAAAAAAAGCCUUUGGCUCUCGUACCUCAUUUCAAGAGCACGAAAGGGCUCACAAUGGGGAAAGACCCUAUGAAUGUAAAAAAUGUGGUAAAGCCUUCAAUUGGUUAAGUUCCUUUCGAAAACAUGAAAGAACUCACAGUGGAGAGAAACCCUAUGAAUGUAAGAAAUGUGGGAAAGCCUUCAUGUUUCUUGCACAUGUUCAAAGACACAUGAUAGUGCACACUGGAGAUAGACCUUAUAAGUGUAAUAUAUGUGGGAAAGGCUUUAAGUAUUCCAGUUCAUUUCGAACACAUGAAAGGACUCACAAUGAAAGAAAACACUGUGAGUGUAAGGAAUGUGGGAAAGUCUUUAUCUCUCUUGCAAGUGUUCAGAGACACAUGGUACUGCACACUGGAGAUGGACCUUAUAAGUGUAAGCUAUGUGGGAAAGUGUUUGUGUAUUCCAGUUCACUUCACAUUCAUGAAAGGAAUCACACUGGAGAGAAACGCUAUGAAUGUAAACAGUGUGGAAAAGCCUUCGGUUGGUCCAAAUCCCUCCGAAUACAUGAAACAGUUCAUAGUGGAGAGAAACCUUAUGAAUGUAAACACUGUGGUAAAGCCUUCAGUGCUCACUGUUCCUUUCGAAGGCAUGAAAAAAUUCAUACUGGAUAA